ACACGCAAAUGUGAUAAGAAAGAUUCAAGCUGUUUCCUGAUUUCACGAAGGAGAUCUUCUGGAUCAUUUGACGAGGAAGAUAAUCCAUACAAAAUAAACGCCCAUUCAAACCCUCCCAGAGACUCAAACAAAUCCGUCAUUUUGACCGGCGUCCGUGCAAUCCCUUCAGACCUUCGAAGAACUCCAUCUCCUGUUGAUUUUAAUGCAUAUGCCACCGAACAGACGGAAGUUCAAAAAUUCCCUCAUCAACCCAAGUGGAAAUCGUCUUCCACUUUUCUUGAAGAAGUAGAAACACAUCUCCCCAAGAGACGACCUGUUCUUUCGAAUGAUACACGACGUCGGGAGGAUCCUUGUGCCAAUUCUGAUCAUUCCGUGACCCAUUUUAAUAGGAUGGAUUAUGAUGACUACGCCACCCUUCCUAAAACAACACAGCACAGAAAUGACCCGGCUGAUAUUCCGCUAGUUCGGCGGCCCUAUACUAUUGAACAGAUUGGGUAUAGACAUGAGGACUAUAUGUGCGCGUAA